CCUUCCUUUCACUCCGUUUCUCUUGUCAUGACCGCGCGACUCGACCAAGCCGACGAGGAGACGCCUCUGCUCCCCGAGGAACACCAGGCACCCCACAAAAGAAAACAUACGCCCAUUCCUUGGGGGCAGUUCGCGAUUAUCCUCAUUCUGCAGCUCGCGGAGCCUCUUACGAGCCAGGUCAUUAAUCCCUUUGCGCCAGAUCUUAUACGGAACAUCGGGAUUACCCAUGGAGAUGAGACGCGGGUGGGAUACUAUGUUGGGCUGAUGCAAUCCAUCUUCUACGCGACGCAGGCUCUCACCGUCCUGCACUGGAGUCGCAUCUCGGACCACGUAGGACGCAAGCCAGUCAUCAUGAUCGGGCUUAUGGGCCUCUCCAUAUCCAUGUACUGCUUCGGUCUGUCGCGGACGUUCUGGGGAGCUGUGAUCAGCCGGAGUCUCAAUGGCGCUCUGAACGGCAACAUCGGAGUCAUGAAGAGUGUGUUAGCUGAGAUCACAGAUCCCUCGAACAUAGCGCAGGCGUACGCCUUUUUGCCCCUCGCGUGGUCCACAGGCGCGACUCUAGGUCCUAUGAUCGGCGGCACUUUAUCGCGGCCCGCAGAGCAUUUCCCUAACGUAUUCGGACACAUUGAGUUCUUCAAGACCUAUCCUUAUUUCCUUGCAUGUGCCAUCCCCGCGACCUUCUCAGCCGUCGCGUGUUUCGUUACUCUGUUCUACCUGAAAGAGACCGUCCGCAACCCCAUCUCCGUCCGCCAACUCCUCCGCCUCACCCCCAAGGCCAAAACCGCCACCGCCGUCGACCACAACGUGCUGGUGCCCAAGUCCACGCUGGCCGCCUCGGACGCCGCGCGCCCGCUCCCGCUUCGGCAGCUGCUCACCCCGCGCGUCAUUAUCGCAGCGGGCAACUACGCCUUCCUCGCGGUCGUCGACAUGACGCUGCGCGCGAUCCAGCCCGUAUUCUACUCAACGCCAAUCGCGCUGGGCGGGCUCGGGCUUAGCCCGCAGACGAUCGGGCUCAUCCUAGCGCUGUACGGGAUGAUCAACGGGGUGCUGCAGAUAUUCUUCUUCGGGUGGAUACACGACCGGUUCGGGACGAAGCGCGUGUAUAUUACGGGCAUCGCGAGCAUGCUGCCCGUGUUCGCGCUCUUCCCGGUCAUCAACGAGCUCGCGCGCAUCGAGGGUCUGAGCCGCGGUGUGUGGGCGCUCGUGUUCGGCCAGGCACUCCUCAGCAUCGCCGUCAACUUCUCCUACGGUUGCGUCUUCAUCUUCAUUACCGCGUCCGCGCCGAACAAGACAUCGCUGGGGUCCGUGAACGGGCUGGCGCAGAUGCUCGUGUCCGUAAUGCGCAUGGUGGGGCCCGCGACUGCGAACUCGCUCUUCUCGCUCUCGAUCGACGAGAAGCACCACUACAUGGGCGGCUACCUCGUGUACUACGCGCUCUCCGCGCUCGUGUGCGUCGCGGUGGCCGUUGGCACCGCCCUGCCCGAGCACACGAUGUCCGACGACGAGGCGUGAGCCGCCAAGCGCGCGGGACUAGGAUAUGUAUGUAUGGGCAGAGGGUUGAGUGUGCAAGAGGUAUGUUAGUGGCGGUGUGGGUGAGAUAUGGGUGUGGGUUGGACGCGGACGGAUUCACGAACAUUCACGAGCGGGGUCUUAUAGAGAGAGAGACAAAAGAAGAGAACCGCACCAGAGUAUAGCCAUAUUCCCAGCCUGAGCGAUAUCCUUCACAGUAGGUAUAGAUGGAAUAACACC